AUGGACCUGAUCAUUACCCAGCAGCUGGCCCAUGCUGACAGCCAGCAAGAUGUAGCCUCCCUGUGGAAAGCUUAUGAGCUGAUCAAGUCGGCCAACCUGGGCAAGUCCGAGUUCGACCCCACUGAAAGCUUCAGCCCCGACCUGCUAGUCCUGUGUGCCGAGCAAGCGCUCAAGAUGGGGCAACGGGACAUGAGUCAGGACUGCAUCCAGAUGUACUUCAAGGUCAAGGGGCCCAUCACCCAGUUUCUGGGCCGUGCGCACCUGUGCCGAGCCCAGCUGUGCGCCCCAAAGUCCCCCGAGAACCUGGCGGAGUUUGAUGAUUGUGUGACCCAGUACAUGAAGACGAUAAACUUUGCCAAAGGGGAGCCCAGGUACUACUUCCUGGUCUAUAAUGCUUCGGUGCUCUACUGGCAAAUGGUGAGGCCGUUCCUAAAGCCCGGCUUCCGCCAGCACCUCAUCUCCAGCCUCUCACAGAUGGUCCAGGUGUUAGACCAGACCAGGGAGGAGGACAAAGAGUGGCAGGCCACGCUGAUGCUAGAGCUGCUUGAGUGUUACCUGGACGCUGGGAGGCGCGAGCACGCUGCCAAGUUCUGCGCCACCGCGGCCCCCUUCAUCAAGGUGAACGUGCCGCAGAGGUACCGGCAGAUGUUCUCCAUCAUGGUCCGUUAUGAAUUAAUGGACGAGUCUCAUUUACGAGAAGAAAUGAAGUCUUCCAGUAGUUUGACUGUCUCUUUCUACAUGAACAUGCUGAAAGCGAAAUGGGAGAAAAACGAAUUGCCUGAGGAUGCCCCCUCCACCCUGAAGGCCAUCCACAGGCGCCUGGGGUCGUCCAACCACCAUCGCCUCCCUUUGAUCCGGGAGGAGAAGAUCCUCCUGCUGUUUGAGCUGGCGCGGCUGUCCCUGAGCCUGAGGUCCGAGGAGGUUGCUUCCGGCUGCAUCUCAGACCUGAAGAAGAUGGAGGAGCUGGAGCCUGGGAGGCUAAUGGAGGUCGAGUGCCUGGAGUGUGAGUUUGAAGCCUUCAAGCUGGAGAGUAAGAUGGAAGUCUAUGCCCGAGGGGCUGUGGAGAACCAGCUUCACAUCAUCCAGCAGCUGGAGGUGGUGCUGCAGCGUGCCCAGCACCUGGGAGACCCCAACGUCAUCCACGUGGUGUGCACCACGCUGUGGAACGUCUGCCUCCCCAUGCUCCAGCACAACCUGCGCCACCACCUGCGCAGGGCCCUGGCCAGCAUCGCUGAGGUCCUGGAGAAGAUGGACAGCCUGUGGGUGCUGCUGCGCUGCCAGGUGCACAUGGAACUGGCCCACCUGGAGGAGGACGAGGACCGCCUGGAGCCCGCGCUGGAGCAGCUGCAGAAGGCCCAGCGCCUGGACAGCCUGGGCCUCUACCAGGACCGGCUUCACAUGGAUGCCAACCGUCUGCACCUCUGCACCCUGCUCUACCAGCAGCCUGAGCGCGCGGAGGACAGGGCCAUCAUGGCCAUCGAGCAGGCGAAGAAGGUCAUGCCCAAGGACAGCGUCCGGAAGAAGCGGGCCCUCCUGGUGAACGCAGGCCUGGCCCUGGCGCCCGACGCCUUCCAGAUUGUGCUCAACAGUGAGAACGAGGCCAAAGUCUCCCUGGGGAAAAGCAAGAGCCGCUUCUCCGGCCUCUUUGCCAAAGCGCGACACUUCAUUGUCAGCGUGGACAAGGCGGCCGGGCACCUCCGGAGACUGGGCAGUGAAAACGACCAGGAGAGGAUCCAGAUCUGGGCAGACCUGGCCAAAGUGGCGAGGAAGCAGGGUGUCUGGGACGUGUGCAGGGCCGCCAGCCGCUUCUGCCUGCUCUACGACUACAUGAAGGCCAAGAAGCCCAUCCGGCUCAAGCGAGGGAAGAAGAAGCGUGCCCAGGACAAGGCUGUGCACGGCAGCGGGGGGCCGCCGGGGCUCAGCCUGCAGCGGCAGGAUAUGCCCAAGCUGCUGCGAAAGUUCGCCGAGGUGGGCUUCAUCAAUGCCGAGGCAACAGUCCAUCUGCUGAGGUCUGAGGGGGUCCAGCUCAAUGACCUCCCCAUCCCUCCUGAAGACACCAGCCAGCACUCAGCCGGCUACCAGGCCACAGUGCCCGACGAGAAUGCAGAGUGGGUCACGUACAGCAACUGGAUCGAGAGCCUGUCGCAGUACGCCAUGAGCAACUGGCUGCGCUCCGCCGAGAUUGGGCAGGAGAUCGGCGAGGCGUGGAUCGUGCAGAACGCAGUGGUCUACGUGCUCAACCACAACCGCCACCUCAUCACCGCCGGCCGCCAGAGGGAGCUGGUGGGCGCGCUGCAAACCCUGCUGAGCAGCUGGAGGGGUUGGGGGGCCUCGGGAGACGCGGUCAGCCUGGUGGGGAUCUGCAACGCUCUGGCACGGGGCCUGAUUCUCAGCUGGAUCCCUGCCCAGACCACGGAGAAGUUCCGGAAACUAAUGCGGGGGACGCAGCCGCACGGGGCGCUGGACUCGGGGGCCAUCUCAGAGAUCAAGACGGCACUGGAGGUCUGUGAGUUUGCCCUGAGCCUGACCAACGGAAGUGUGCCUGAAGACCAGGUGCCCACCCACACCAGGCAGCAGCUCAUCGCAACCUGGGUGAAGGCCAAGCAGCUGGCACAGCAGCAGAUUGGACCCCGGCUGGGCGUGGAUGAACAGAGCGCAGACGAGCACACCAGUGCAGUGACAAAGGUGCUGGUUGCCCUAGAGAUGUACUCUUGCAAUGGACUGGGUCUCAUGGAGUUCGCUGUGCCCCCCCUGGCUCAGCUGGUGAAAAUGACCUCCGAGUGCACCUGGUCGGACCCUCUGGUGGAGCUGCAGGCCCUCACACGGCUGACCUACUUUGCGCACAUGGCCCGAGACCACGAGAUCACCAUGGCCUGCUCACAGAGAGCCCCAGAGAUGGGCAUUAAGUACCUGAAGACAUUUCCCAAGCCUGAGGCUGGCUUCGUGGCAGAGAUGUUGAGCACUGCCGCCUGCAUCCAGGGCCAGAGCAUCAUGGGGAACUUGAAGGGGCAGAAGCAACUGCGUCUGAAGGCCGCGAAGGCAUUCAUGGAGAGCGCCAGGUUCGGGUGCCUUGCGGGGAGCAGCGCCCUGGUCAUGCUGGCCGCCAGGCACUACUGGAACACCUGCCUCCCACUGCUCUCCUCACCGCUGAACCGCAAAAAGAUGAAGACAGCUGUACGCAGGCUCCUCAGCUUCAUCACCAAGACCGAGGCCACGAAGCAGGAGACAGACGGGACGCUGCUCCUGCACCAGUGGCCGACGUCAGACUUCCAGUGCAGCGGGAUGACCGAGGGUAACUUCCUUCCAGGGGCUGAGGACGACCUCACGCUGCGGGUGGCGCUCUACAGCCUGCUGUUCCACAGCCAUGCCGACCACAGUGACUGGGAGGGGGGCCUCAAGGUGCUGGACGAGGCUGUGCAAGUGUUGCCUCGGACCCCCCACCGCCUCUUGAUCUUCAAACGCAUGGUGAUUGUGAAAGCCAAGCUUGGCCAGAGCUUCACGAUGGAGAUGCAGAAGUUCAAAGACGAGAGUGAGGAUUACUUGGCACGCAUGUGGCACCGCCUGGCCCUGAACUCCAGGGACACCUCCGGGGAGCUCAUCUGCUACCACAACGCCAUCCAGGCCCUGCAGAAACCUGAGAGCGAGUGGCAGAAGGUGGACUACAUCCUGGAGCUGGGCCAGUGGCUGUACUGCAAGCAGUGCCCACGGGAGGAUGUGAUCUUCCACCUCAAGUGGGCCAUCGAGAUCCUGCUGAACAUGCAGCCCCCCCUCAGCGCCCCUGAGCCAGAAGAAACACCCUCUCCUCUUGAGCGGGCACCGGAGGCGCCCAGUGCUGCUCCUGACCCCAAGAAGGAGGCAGCAGGGCUGACACCCUGGGAGAGAAUCCGGGAUGUCCGGCAGCUGGACGCCCUGGUCCAGGCCCACGUCCUGCUGGCCCUGGUGCUGUCGCCAAGCUCGUCACACUACCAGGACUGCUGCCUGACAGCCUACACCUUUGCCAGGUGCAUCUGGCAGGUUUCUCUGUCCACAGCAGGCAACUUGAGUCCAGAAAAUAAAGCUCAGGCCACAAGUGGAUCCCCUUUGUUACUGACAAAGGAGAAGAAGGAGAAAGGCAAGGAGAAGGAGGAGAAGGAGGAGAAGGAGAAGGAGAAGAAAGGCAAAGAGAAGAAGGAGGAGGAGAAGAAAGGCAAGGAGAAGGAGGAGAAAGGCAAGGAGAAGGAGAAGAACAAGGAGUCUAAGCAGCCUCAAACCCCUGUCCCCAUCCGAAGACCAGAGGACUUGCCUGCCAGCAUAGGGGAGUGGGCGUCCUAUUCCUGUCCUGAAGAGGUCAUCUCGAUAUUUAAACAGGACACGGGCCACUUCACUGUCAACCCAUCGACCAUCCAGAAGCCCACGUGCACUCUGUAUUACCUGGACCACCUGGCCAGAGCCCUGAGGGCGAUGUCCCUGCACGCGCUCCUGGUCCCUGUGCUCCAGUUGGGCAUAGUCAUCGCGCACGUCGUGGUGGAGAGCCCGAGCCUGGCCAACCUCUACCACCUCAGACUGGCUCAGCUGUGCUCCGACCUGCAGCUGAGAGAAGCCGCAUUGCUUCACGAGGAAGUGGUGGGGCAGGUGUACGUGACAGAGCUGGAGCAGGCUAGCUGCAGGAGAGAGAUUGCUUUGAAGAAGGAGAAGAGCAAGGAGCCCCUGUUGGAAGAGAGUCUACACCUGCUGACGGCGCCCAACUCCCUGGAGCUGCUCCGCGAGCACAGGGCCAUGGCAGCCCAAGACAAGAUUCUGAAGGUGAGCGAGGAGGCUGGGAAGGGCCUGGACGGGGCGUCCUUCCCCCUCCUGUGGACCCUCAAGGCCGAAGUGCUUUUGGAGAUGGACCUGUACCAGCCCGCACGGCUGCUGCUCUCUGAGGCGCGCCUGGCCUUCCAGGAGCUCGAAGAGCCCUGUGCGGAAUCAAGAUGCCUGCAGCUCCUGGCCGAGCUGGCCAACCGGGAGAUGAACCACAAGCAGGCCGAGCGGCUGACUGAGCGGGCCCAGCAGCUGGGUGGCAACGAGGACUUCUGGUACCAAUCCACCCUGACACUGGCCGAGACGACCCUGUCCUCAGAAAACCAGGACAGACACUUGGUGGUGUGCCACCUGUUCCAGACACUCGCCAGCACUUUCUCGGCCCUCAAGAAGGAACGGCCCAAUAGGGCCCCCCUGCUGGACUUCUUCAUCACCGACCUCGAGGCCAGGUGCAUCAGCCUGCAGCUCCAGGUGGUCCAGGAGUCCUUCUCGAGCAGCCCCUCGGUGUUCUUGGAGCUGCUGGACAAGAUGGACCACAGCUUGGUGGACAUUGAAAAGAAGUUCAUUGGCUGUGGCCGCAGAGAACACUGUGUGGAUGUGAAACUGGAGCGCGCCAAGAUCAAGAGGUUACGUGCCCAGGCAGAGGAAGAUGAUGAACAGAAAACUGCAAAUUACCUGGAAGUAUACGACCUGACCCAGAGCGCUGUGGCGGAGGCCGAAGAGCGACUUCACAGUGUUCAGGAGCUGCUGUCCCUUCAGGACAGCUCCAGCACGCCCCUGGUGAGGAGGCUGGCGCAGCUCAAGCUCUCCCUGGCAGAAGGGGCUCUGGACAUGCUCUGGCUCAUCUGGGAGAAGAGCCUGCAGCAGAGCCUGGAGCAGGGCUCCUUGGACAGGCUUCUGGCCGACUACCUGCACAGCACGAAGGACUACACCUCCACCGGCCUGCAAUGGUUCCUGCUGAAACGGACCCUGGCCCAUACCGUGCUGGCCCAGCUCAACAGCCUGCAGUCCUUUUGCACCAGCCGCACCGAGAGACGUGCGCGCAUGCUGGGCCUGACGGGGAGGGCCCUGCGCCUUCUGGCUGCAAAUGCCAGCCCUGUGUCCCCUGCCGUCUACUGGGACGAGAGCCUCCUGGUGGAGCCCAAGCCCAGCAGUCUCAAGUCCACGGAGGCCGAGGAGGAGAGUGCCGACAGCAGGCCUCUGCCAGCCGACCGGGUGCUGCCCAAGGACCCCAGCAAGAAAGGCGCUCAGUUGAAGAAGAGGACCGUGCUGGCACAGCAGUACUUGGCCCAGGCCUCUGAGGUGCUGCUGCAGGCCCUGCAGGCCUCACUGGGCACAGGGACCCUGGACGUGGCUGCCGCCGCCAGCCUGGAGCUGGUGGAGUGUGCAGGCACCCUGGACCCGGCCACCAGCCUCCAGUUCCUGGCUCUGUCUCAGAGCUGCUCGGCCUCAGAGAUGAUGCGGAAGGUCCUGGGCGCCGCCACAACCAGCACCAGCAGCUCCCAGCUGGCAGCCUUGCUGCAGCUGCAGGUCCGGCUGAGGGCCCAGGGCAGGGCGGCCACUGACCUGUGCGCCAGUGUGGAGCAAGGCCUGGCCACCAUCUCCAAGGCUUGGCAGAACCUCGGGGUGACCGAGCAGCAUUUCAACCUCCUGAGCGAGGUCCCUCCCACGUUCCGGGUCCUCUUUCUGCACUAUUCGCAAGACAGGUCCCGUCUCUAUGGCGCAGUGUUCGAGAAGCCCAAGCUGGUCUCUGCACCCAAAGGAAAGCAGGUUGCGGUGGGUGGCUGCUGCAGGGUGGCUCGGGUGACUGUGGACCCCAGUGUCCUUGCGAACCUGCUGGCCAGCAUUCAGCAGUUCCGGGAGCAGCCGCUGGUGGAGACCUACAUUGAGGAAAAGGUCCUGGGCAAUGACUCGAUACUGGGCACAACGCAUAACUCCCAGGAUGAGAAUUACCUGCAGGACUUCGGUGAAAUCCUGAUGCCCCUGGAGGAGUACCUGAAGCCAUUGUUCCCACUGAUGGUGUGUCCCGAAGCCAGAACACAGGUCCCCAUGCCCAUGACGGAGCCUGGGAAGCCCAAGGGCAAGGAUAAGGACAAGGAAAGGAAGGUGUCUGUGCCUCCAGCCACUGCUACAGUCACACCUGAGGCUGCAGACAACGUCAUCCUGGUUGUGGACCGGCCCCUCCUGGACCUGCCCUUGGAAGGCCUGUCCAUGUUCGACGAGGGGGCAGUGUCCUCUGUGUCUCGGGACUUCUCUCUCCAGAUGCUAAUGAACCGCCUGCACCAGGAGGGGACAGAGGGCGGGGCGCGGAAGGAGGGCAGAGCCGGGGAGCCCAAGAGGAGGAACAUAGGCAGGAAGGGCAGGAAGGGAAGCAUUCCACGGAUCCUGCCCCCCAACUGCAACAUCAUCGACUCAGACAACUUCAAGUGUAUCCUGGACCCCUUUGAGGAGGCUCAGUGCAUGGAAGCCUUGACUCCUGUCUUCAUGACCCGGGAACUUGUCGAAAGAUUCCGAGAGACGUUCACGACCAGGUGGACGGGUCACCUGGGAAACAAGACCUUCCCGAGCCAGGCAGAGUGGGAGCAGCUCCUGGGCAGCUGCCAGGGCUUCUUCUUCUACGGGAUGGAGAGCUUCCUGUCCCACAUCCUGCUGGAGAGGCUGGUGGCCAUGAACUUGCAGGAGUGCCAGAUGGUGGUGCUGCUGGACCUGACGCACUCCAACGACAGCCUGCGGCGCAGCUCUGAGCUGAGGGAGGGCAGGAGUGCCCUGCAGCUGUCCCUGGAGGGGCCCGUGGAGACGGCCAUUCUCCUGAGCCUAGUGGGGGUCAAGAGCAUUGUGGGGAACCAGUGGACCACACUGCUGCAGGACAACGCCAUGCGGGCUGCCAUGCUGUGGGACAAUCUGCUGCCCCUCGGGAAGCCGCUGGGGAGGGUAGUCCACCUCCUCCAGAAGAUGGGGGCCGAUGACAUGGCCGGCCAAGAUGAGCCCUUUCUAGCCUCCCAGCAGUGGCAGCGGCGCCGGCCGCAGAGGCUGCCCACGGCCCUCAACCUGGUACUGUAUGGUCUGCCACACCAAGCCAUUGGCUGA